CUCUCUUCACUCUUUGUAACUUCUCCACAACAACAUCACUUACACCAUGGCUCAGGCCUAUUCUGAAGUUGUCCCCGGCACAGUCCAUCUGGUCGAUGCUGGUCGCAGUGAUGGCAAUGAUAUUGAACUUGUCCCUCGUCCCAGCGACGAUCCAGAGGAUCCCCUCAAUUGGAGCAGACGACGCAAGCUCAUCUCAGCAGCCAUGGUGUUCGUCUACACCCUAGGCGUUGGUCUUCCCUCUACUCUCCAGUACUCUGUUCUUGUUGAGAUCUCCCAAGACACCGGUAUCUCCAUUGCCGACUUGGUUCAAGGCACCGGUGUCAUGUUCCUCUUUCUCGGCUGGAGCUGUCUGUUCUGGCAGCCUAUUGCCCUGACAUAUGGAAGACGCGGUGUUUAUCUCAUCUCCACUGUCGCUGCUGUGCCCUUGAUGGUCUGGACUGCGUAUUCGCGUUCUGCUGGGGAGUGGUACGCUCACCGUAUCCUUCUCGGCUUCUUCGUUUCGCCUAUCGAGUCGCUGCCCGAAGUCAGUAUUCCCGAUAUUUUCUUUGCGCACGAGAGAGGAACUUGGAUGAGUUUGUAUGUCUUCGCCUUGUUCGGCUCCAAUUUCUUAGCACCAGUGGUUGCUGGCUUCUUCGCCGAUGCGUACGGUUGGCGAUGGACCAUGCAUUUCGGUGCCAUUUUCGCUGCAUUCAGCUUUGUCAUCCUGUUCUUUUUCAUGGAAGAGACCAUCUAUUUCCGUCCAACUUUUGAAGGUCUCGAAGAUCAGGAUGAGCCAGUGAAGGGUCAAGCGGAUAAUGAUGUUGCUUCCGCACAGAAUGUCCCCGAAAGGCCGAUGAAGGAGGGUGCUGGCGCUAUCAUCAAUAGUGAUCAGCUGCAGGGCACCGUGCACACAAAGAAGAGUCUCGCCACUCAUCUCAAGCUCUUUGCCCGAAAGGAUGGUCGUCCAACCAAAGCAAACAUGUUCAAGUCCAUGUUGUCUCCACUUCCGCUCAUGGUCCUCUUCCCCAAUGUCGCCUGGGCAGGGUUCAUCUACGGCAUUAAUCUCUGCUGGUACAAUGUCUUGAACGCCACCACUAGCCCUAUCCUCAGUGCAUCACCCUACAACUGGUCUACCAGCAUGGUCGGUCUGAUCUAUGUCGGCCCUAUCAUCGGCGCUAUUCUUGGAUGUCUCUGGUCUGGUGUCAUUGCCGAUCGCACUACGCUGUCACUUGCUCGCAGAAACAAUGGUGUCCGAGAGCCUGAACAGCGACUUUGGCCUCUGGCUUUAUCUGCCUUCUUAUCGUGUGUUGGCCUUAUCGUUUGGGGCGUCGGCGCUGAUAACGACAUCCACUGGGCUGGAUUGGCUGUUGGACUGAUGGUUCUCACUUUCAGCUGUGUCACCGGUGGAUCAAUCGCUUUGUCUUACAACGUCGAUUGCUUCAAGGACAUCAGUGGCGACACCACCACUUCCAUCAUCAUCAUCAGAAAUACACUGGGUUUCGCUAUCUCCUAUGGUAUCACGCCUUGGUAUGUCAACAUGGGUCUGCAGAAUUGUUUCAUUAUGGCGGGAUUCCUAUCUCUUGGAUGUACUAGUACUUUUCUGUUUAUGAUCUGGAAGGGCAAGAGUCUGCGACGUCAUGCUGCGCCGAGAUACUGGGACCAGGUUCAGAAGAUGUUGCAGCACUAG